GAGAUUGUUCAUCGAGCUGUCUUGUCCCCCUCUUGGCCUCUUCUUUCCGGCGAUGGGCGCCGGCGUCCUCCUCGGCGACGCCGCCGGCCUGGGGGCCCACCUCGCCGUACGCCGCCGGAGGACGCGCCUCUACCUUCGCAACUGGGCCUCCAAGCCCCUGCGCCCCUCGGUCUGGCUCGGCGUGGCCGCCUGUGUUUCACAGAAUCGCGACCGCCGUGGCCACGUGACCAGGUUCUCCGCCUCCGCCUCGAGCGGCAGUGACGAGCCCGGGGAGCUGUCCGAGGAUGAGGCGCAGAGGGAGUGGGAAGCGGAGCUGAAUCGCCGACUGAAGGAGGCCGAGGAGAUGGAGGAGUUGGAGCGCACCGCCGAGCAGCUGCAAAGCCAGGCCGCCGCCGAGGCCCCCGAGGAGUCGGAGGAGGAGAAGCGCGAGCGUGUCCGCCGCGAGCUCCAGAAGGUAGCGAAGGAGCAAGCGGAGAGGAGGGAGACGGCGAAGCAAAUGUUUGAGUUGGGUCAAAAGGCGUACGGGAAAGGAAUGUAUGGACGAUCAAUUGAAUUCUUGGAGGCUGCGCUCACUAUCAUACGUCCCUCCUCUCUACUCGGUGGCGAGAUCCAAAUUUGGCUUGCAAUGGCAUAUGAAGCCAAUAGGAGGCACAAGGAUUGCAUUGCAUUGUACAAAGAGUUGGAGAGUAGCCACCCCAUGAUCAACAUCAGGCGCCAGGCAGCUGAGCUUAGAUACAUUUUAGAGGCACCCAAGUUGAAGAUAUCAAAUGACGAGGUGGUCACAAUACCACAAAUUGGGAGCAGCUGGGAUUGGUAUGCUGGAACAUGGAGUGACAAAAUCAAGGAACAAGAGGACAAGAAAAGGAAGAUGAGUGCUGCUAGCAACCAAGUUCAACCUUCUCCAAACAUCUUUGGAGACCUCUCUUUCUUGCGACCGCCAAAUGAAUGGAAGAAGAGUGCAUGGGUGGUUGUUACCUUGUGGAUCCUUUUGAUAGGAACAGCAAUCUAUCUGCAAUCAUGAAUGGCUCCUGCAGCUCUGAAACAAGCCAUUCACAUCUCUGCGAGGCACUGGUCCAUGGUUCAACAGAACCCAGAGAUGUCGCUAAUAUGGCCGUGUCUCAGACUGUUGCAUUUGUUGUUUUUUUUUGCUGCAGUGUAAAUACUAACUACUGUAACUAGCAAUACAAGCAGAUGCCAUCUAGUUCAAUUGAUUAGAAAUCAAUCUGUCUGCUCAUAUACACU